AUGGCAGAACCACCGCCCACCGUCCCCUUCGACGCCGACGCCUUCAUACAAAAAUGGUCACAAUCCAACGGCGCGUACAUCCCCUCGCCCGGAAAAUCCUUCCGCCAAUGCAUCAUCGAAGCAUUCGACCUUCCCUCAGACGACAAGUGGGUGUACCGGGCGCAGGGCGAGACGACGCUGGACAUAACGCAACGCGCCAUUGACGCGAAGAGGAGGAAUGGCAUGCAUAAUUGGUAUCACGACGAGGAUGGGAAGCCGAUUGAGCCCCCGCACCCCGAACCAUCGGAAAUCACAGCCUACACCUCCCUCUUCCACCCCGACGUCUCCCUCCCGAAAGCCCUCAAAGCAUUCAAAGCGAGCGCGAAGGCCAACACCAUCCGCGCCCAAGUGUCCACACACCUCGAAUCCAAACACCACAACAGCCUCACCUCCGCAGGGCUCCUCCCCACGAAGAAAAAGGAGCCGCGACAGCACGUAAACCCGUACCUCGACCUAUGGGUCUACUCGUGCGAGGAACUGGAGUGGGCUGGUCCGAUACCAACAACAACCUACACCAAACAAUCCCACCACAUCCUCCCGCACCUCUACCACCACUUCGGCUGCCUCGUCCCCACCUACACCGCCCUACACAUCAUCUCCAAACUCGCGCAGCCCCUCAAACCCUCCCUCCACCCCUCCGCAACCCCGAUCCUCGACAUCGGAUCCGGAACGGGAUACUGGACCUACAUGCUGCGCACCUUCCUUCCCUCCACCCCAGUCGAUGCGUCGUGGCGCACAAACACCGUCGUGGCGAUCGACUCGGGCGCGUCAGCGUACCGUACGAUGUGGAUCGGGGAUACGGUGCGGCAGGACGGCGCGGCGUACCUGCGCGCCCGGGAAGGUGGGAGAGGGUGUAUACUCCUGCUUGUGUAUCCGCAGGCUACGGGGGCGUUUACGGCGAGCGUGCUGAGGGCGUAUGAGGGGGACGUCGUGGUGGUGGGGGGAACGCAGAAUGGGAAUGGGUUCACGGGUUUUACGGGGGAGAGCGUGGAGGAGUGGAUGAGCAGGGAGAGGAGGGGGGAGUUUGAAUUGGGGGUCAGGGUGCCGCUGCCGAGUUUUGCGGGGAAGGAUGAGGCGUUGUGUGUUUUUGUUAGGAGGGGGAGUCGCUGGUCGUCGUCGGCGUAGUAGCAUGAGUUCAUAUUCAUAUUCAGUUAUAGACCACGAUGGUAUCAAUAUCGUUGGAGAGAUCGUCAAGCAGGUGCAUCCAGCACCAUGCCUUAUGUCAUUUCAU